AUGUUCAGAAAUAAUUACGAUGGUGAUACCGUUACAUUUUCUCCUACAGGUAGAUUAUUCCAAGUAGAAUAUGCCCUCGAGGCAAUCAAGCAAGGUAGUGUAACUGUCGGCCUACGUUCGAAGAAACAUGCGGUCCUGGUUGCACUAAAGAGAAAUGCAGAUGAAUUAUCAUCGUAUCAAAAGAAAAUAAUCAAAUGUGAUGAACAUUUAGGUCUUGCGUUGGCUGGUUUGGCUCCAGAUGCAAGAGUACUAAGUAAUUAUUUGAGACAACAAUGUAAUUAUUCAAGUUUGAUUUAUAACAGGAAACUAUCAGUCGAGAAAGCUGGCCAUUUACUUUGUGAUAAAGCCCAAAAAAAUACUCAAUCUUACGGGGGAAGACCUUAUGGGGUUGGUCUAUUGAUUGUUGGUCAUGAUAAUAGUGGACCUCAUCUAUUGGAGUUCCAACCUUCAGGGAAUACUGUAGAAUUAUAUGGGUCAGCCAUUGGGGCUCGUUCACAAGGUGCUAAGACAUACUUGGAAAGAGUUCUUGAUCAAUUCAUUGAAAUUGAAGAUCCUGAGGAAUUAAUUAAAACUGGGGUUGAGUCUUUGAAACAAUCUUUGAAAGACGAAACUUUAAGUACCGAGAAUCUAUCAAUUGCAAUAGUUGGUGAAGAUAUUCCAUUUACUCUGUAUGAUGGUGAUAACGUUUCAAAAUAUUUAUAA